CACGUGUAGCACUGAAAUCAGAGGAUGCAGUCCGCAAGCCCACCACCAGCCAACACUGGUCAUACGAUGUUGAAGCAGACCCAGCAACCCAUCAAGCAGGCGCGCCGCCACCGACACGCUUCCCUCCGUCGUGUCCUCCUCCUUUCCCUCCUUGCCGCCGCCACGCCGCCCCACUGACCGCGCGUGCCCCCGCAUCGCCGGAGGGAUGGACUGCUGCCGGCACGUGAACCCGUUCCGCGCGUGCGCGGGGCUGCGGGGGCUGGGGUACCUCAUGGUGGCGCUCGUCGCCGCCAUCGCCGCCGUCUCCUACUACGCCGUCGUCGUCUACGCCUGGGGCCCGGUGCUCCUCGGCGGGGGCGCCCACGCGGCCGGCGCCGGGGCCGUCCUCGCCGCCUUCCACAUACUCCUUGCACUGAUUCUGUGGUGCUAUUUGAUGGUUGUUUUCACUGAUCCUGGUGCUGUACCUGAAAACUGGAGACAUGAUGCUGAAGAUAGUGGGGAUCCUGCAUUAUCCACUUCAGAGGAUCAAGGAAGUCAUCCUAGAUAUUGCUCUCGCUGUCAAAAUGGCAAACCUCCACGCUGCCAUCAUUGUUCUGUCUGUGACAGAUGUGUGCUUAAAAUGGACCAUCACUGUGUUUGGGUAGUGAAUUGUGUUGGAGCAAGGAACUACAAAUAUUUUCUCCUUUUCCUGGUGUAUACUUUCCUUGAGACAGUGCUGGAUACCUUGGUUCUACUUCCAAACUUUAUUGAAUUUUUUCGAGAUGAAAGUAGGCAUUCCAGCUCACCAGGCGAUAUUGCUAUUCUAUUUCUUGCUUUUGUUCUUAAUUUAGCAUUCACGCUGAGCCUCCUCUGUUUCAUCGCCAUGCACAUGUCUCUUGUUACAAGUAAUACGACUUCUAUAGAGGUCCAUGAGCGAAGGAAAUCAGUAGCAUGGAAAUAUAACGUAGGAUGGAGAAGAAACUUGGAGCAGGUCUUCGGCACCAAAAAGUUGUUCUGGUUUUUUCCCUUGUACUCCACAGAGGAUCUGCGCAACAUUCCUGCACUUCGUGGCCUUGAAUUCCCUAUUCGUUCUGAUGUAGUUGUCUAAUUGCAUCUGAUGUCUACCGGCAUUGUAUUCAAGGCAUCUCACCUGUACACUGAAAUUUCUGUACAGAAAUCUGUUUCCCCCCAUUUACCCACAUAGUAAGGUCGUGAAUUACAAUACCGAUUCUUUUUGUAUACUAGCUGUAAAUCAAACAAAGUUACACAAAAUCAUGAUAAUUCUUUGGUCGAUUAUUAUUUUUCCAUUAAAA